GUAGCGGAAGAGGCAAAUGUCCAACGGAGUGAGGGACUUUGGUAAGGCUCACCGCUAGCGGGACCCAAUGCACCGAGACAACAAUUUACCUGAAAGGUUGAGAAUGAUUAUGAUCAGAAGAACGAGACGAAUAGCGCAAACGCACGCACACACAAAAUCCUGUUUACUGCUAUCGGCAUUCGCUCUAUUCCUAUGCUUGACAGCAGCUGCAGCUGAAACAGCUGUUUUAAAUGAAGCCGAACUCAACGCCGCCAUUGAAUCGUAAUGUGAUUAUCGAGGGCUCGCUUAACUCGACAAGCUUGCCGUUAAACUGGCCCAUCCUGGACUUCAACUUCGCCUCACGCGACAGGCUGCAGGUCCUGCCUGGGGUCACGCUGACGUUUCGCCGGCUGGUCAUCCUCAACGUUUUCUCUCGGAGCCAGCAGUCCUACGACUACUUUGCUAGCACCGUCAGCAGCAUCAGUGGCAGCAGCGGUGGGAACAGCAGUGGCAGUAGCAGUGGUAGUAGCAGUGGCAGUAGCAGCGCUUCCGCUCAGCCAGUUGUGGUGUGGCAAGACAUCGUGGAUCGGAGGCUGCUGUGCCCGCCGCUGCAGGGCGUGGUGGACACGUGGCUUGCAACACCCCGCCCCGCAAACGGCUGCUGUGGUAGUGGACCCCAGUCUGUGUCGGUGGCAACUACGCCGGCGUGCAGCGAUGUGGCGAAGUCAGGGGCAGGGCACUGCUUCUCGCCUGUUAUGAGGGCAGCGGACUUACAGGCAGACACGUCACAGGGCUUCCGGAUUGUGUGGACGAACACGUUGACACUUUGUGAGCAGUUCCUAGCUGACGCCUGCAUCCAGCAACAGGGAUUGGAGGGCUGCUACCUGACCUCAAUAGAGACGCUCCUUGCUCAACGGGCUCAGGCGCAGCAGACAGUGUCUGAUGGCUCAGGCGAUGGGGGCGGGGGCGGACUGAGCUCGAGCGCCCGGACCGGACUAAUUGUUGGCUGCGUGGUGGGAGGCCUGCUGCUGGGGGCUGGGGUGGCUCUGUACCUGUGGCAGCGGCAGCGCCGUAGUGACGGUGAGGCAGUGGCGGCUGGGCUCGUGCUGGCAGCCGCCUGCGCCAACAAGGACGGCAACCGGAGCGACGACCUUGAAUCCGGCAUCAGGUGGGGUGACAUGGGUCCAGAUACGGGGGACAGGCCCUCGGCCGCCCUGCAUCAGCCACCCAGCAGUGCCGCCGCAAGCGCCGAUGCCACCGCGCCCGGCAGCGGCCGCGUCAGCAAGGCCGGCGGGGCAUCCAAACCGCGCCGUGGCAGCAGCACUGACGCAGGCACCCUGAACAGCAGUUGCCCUAUCACCGACUGCACCACGCGCGGCAGCGGCGGCCUUCGCGGCAGCGAUCCAGUCAGUGCCGAUGUGCCGAGGCCCGGCGAGGCCGUCAGCAACGUUGUUGCGGCGCUUGGCCUGGGCGGCAGCACCAGUGGCGAGGUGGCCGCGGCCAUUGCUGCCGCCGGCAUCCGCUCCGGCGACUGGCGGGCGGCUGUGGCGGCAGUAGCCGCAAAGGGGCAGCAGCAGCAGCAGCAGCAGCAGCAGCAGCAGCUGGCGCAGAUGGGGCCGCUGGAUGACUCGGUGGGAUCCGUCGGCAGCGGGAUGCUGGUGCUGGUCGGUGCCAGCAGCAGCCGUGUGGCUGCCCUCGGCGGGGGCGGCGGCAGCCGCGCCUUCGGCGAUGUUCCCACCGCCGCCGCCACGAGCAUCAAUCCACUGUUUUCGUUGCCGGAGUGGGAGCAAGGCGUGGGGUCGGGCGACACACCCGGCACACCCGUCGCACAGACACCCACGGCCGCGGCGGCGGUGGCAGCGGCAGCAGCAGCAGCAGCUGCGACAGGGGCGCAAGACGCCGCCGUGGAGCUGGCCGCAGCGGGCGCGGGGCAGAGCCACACAGGCGUGGUGCUCACAUCCACAAAAGCGGUGGCGGCCGAGGCCGCGGUGUCUCCAACGGCCGGGAGCGCCGGCGGUCCGGCCGGCGGCAGCAUGCAGCAGUCUGGGUCCUUCAAGCUGCUGCCGCGGCUGCGGUUCCUUUUCCACCGCGUCGGCAGCCGGACGCCCACCAUGCUUGGCGGCACAAAUACCUCGGGCGCACCGCACGCCGCUCGAGCCAGGAGCGCGACGCUCUCUGGCACCGGCGGCAGCACUGGCAGCGGCGGCGCCGGUGGCGGCUCGCGCAGGGCCGGGGCGCCUCCAGGCACCGCCCGCACGGCCUCAACCGGCAUGCACAUGCUUGCCGGCAUGCUCAAGGGCCUGAGGCUGGGCCAGGGCAUGACCAGUGACGGUGCCAACACUGGUGGCAACAGCGGCACGGCCGGCGGGACAGACGGGCCAGCUUCAGCCGCCGCGGCACGUGAUGUGCUGCACCCGCCCACACAGCUUAGCUUGCGGUUGUCACUGGCGUCGGGCGAUGUACACACGCUGGCAGCGGCGCCGGGGUCAAACACCAGCGCAGGAGUGACCGGUCGGCCCAGUUUCUCUGACAUGCAACGCGAUCUGGAGCGCAUUGAGGGCGAGCUGCAUAAAGCGGAACACAAAAGAAGCAGGUCCAAGCAUGCAGUGGCGCGGGCGCGGAGCGAUCGACCCAGCCUAGGCUCCAGAUCACCACCAGCUGGGGCUGCGGCUACGGCUGCGGCUAGGGCUGCGGCUAGGGCUGCGGCUGGCGCUGUGGGUCCCACUGCAGCUGUCGGCACUGGAGGGGCCCGCGGGUAGCAUGCCGGCCCUGGGUUGAUCAGCUGAACUGGAUAGCUUGCUGGGGACCACGCCACAACAUGGCCGGCUCCGGGGCCUACUGCAGGCACGGCACUGGCACUGGCUUGAUUGGUGGCAGGGGGCGUCUGGCACGACGGACUUGGGGCACCGUAUUUUUGGAGGUAUUACAAUCUCACAAUGUUUGCAAUGCAUCAUAAGAGCUAAAACGCGCGCCGUGUGUUUCCGGCCGUUCUGCCGUGUGGCGUUUGCUGCUUGAACUUGAAUGGAUGGUCUGGUGGCUCCUGCCGUGGCGGAUUGGGUUCGUUUUAUUUAUGACGUGCCAACUUGGCUUAUUAAGUUUGACACGACUUCAUCUUCAUCAAUGCACGCACAGGCACAGGCACCUGUGAAUGUAAAGAAAGACUUGCACUGCAUGAAUGCGACCUUUGGUGAAACGAAGCAUGGUUAAGUAUGCGGCGGCGGCGGCAUGCUGGCACACUGCUUUCAGUUGGGUGGCGUGCUACUCGUGUCAGCCAGUAUAAAUAAUGUUCGUGCAGCCGUGAUAUCACGGUGCUGUCGCGCCACAGCAUGCGGUGACUGCGGCUCACCGGAUGGCAAGGUAACUAUGCAAUCUCCAGGCACCUCCCGCUCCCACCACCACGCAACAUAGCGCUGCCGUGCACACUCAUUGCGCCGUAAUUGCAAUGCUGGAGGCCGCCGUAUGCAGCCGGUGCCUGUGCGGUUGCGAACUUUGUUCUCAAGAUGCUCUUGAACUAAUCAAGAGGGCUUUUUGUUGUAUCGUUGGCUUGCGGGUUGCUCUCGUGGGUCGCAUGGCCACGCACGAAGGCGACACCGCGUCGGCGGGGGCCUGAAGGCUUAGGUUGGGUUUGUGCUCGCCACUAGUGUUUGGCGACGUGUUCAUGACUCGUCCGCAGACCAAGUACCAAAGUGGUGCCAAUCGACUCCUCUUGACGAGCGGUGUAACGCAGUGCCAUCGGCGGUCCU